CGCUAAUCUCACGCGAUCUAUUCCGGAAUUUGAUCACACCUGAGGCUCGAAAACGAGAGACAACCGGAGCUGAUCGCUGGUGUGAUGGUGGCGAGAGAGAGGGAGGGAGGAAGGAAGGGGGAAAAGUGAGGGAGAGUGGAAAGGAGAAGGCGGAGCUGCCGACAUUAAUAGGAGAAGGUCGCGAUGCUUCGGAAAGCCCUCAUCGCAUUCUUCGUCCUCGCCGUCGUCUUUCUCGCCUUCUCCAUCUCCCACAGACCGGUCCAGGAGGAAUUUAGAGUGCAAAAAGAGCCUGAUAUAACUCAUAGAAUUUACUUUGAGGUUGACAUUGAUGGUCAGCAUACAGGUAGAAUUGUCAUUGGAUUAUAUGGAAAAGUGGUGCCAAAAACUGUUGAAAAUUUCAGGGCCCUUUGCACAGGUGAAAAGGGCAAGGGAGCCAGGGGAAGGAAUCUUCACUACAAGGGAACACCAUUUCACCGCAUAAUAUCUGGUUUUGUGAUUCAAGGUGGUGAUAUCAUUCAUGGGGAUGGCAAGGGUAGUGAAUCUAUAUAUGGUGGCACCUUUCCUGAUGAGAACUUCACCAUAAAGCAUUCACAUGCAGGUAUUGUCUCGAUGGCGAACUCUGGGCCAGAUUCGAAUGGAUCCCAGUUCUUUAUAACCACUAUUAAAGCAAGCUGGUUGGAUGGAGAGCAUGUUGCCUUUGGUAAAGUAAUUCAUGGUAUGGACACGGUCUACGCAAUUGAGGGGGGAGCAGGGACGUACAGUGGGAAACCAAGGAAGAAGGUUAUCAUUGUUGACUGUGGGGAGAUACCCAGAAGCCAAUGGGAUGAGGAAAGCUGAGCAAUCAGCAGCUGUCAUUUUGUAACAAUGUAGAGCUGAUUCUGUGAUAGUAUAUGAGUUUGACAGGCUGCUUGAGGCCUGGUGUUCGCUUAACCUGUAUGAUCUUGUACCAAUGAAAAGAUGCUACAUCCGAAUUUGUACCCAAAAAAAAAAUGAUGCUACAUCUGAAUCACAUAAUGGAAGGUUUUCCCUGCUAAGUAGUUGGCAUUA